UUUUUCUGUUUAUUGAACUGCUGUUUCUUCAUUUGUCAUUUCGGGUUAUGAUAGGUUAGGCAGAACGGCCCAUGGUUUGCAUUGGAAGAGCACGGCGUUUUGCGGUGCCUAGAGAGAAAAAAAACGUGAAAUACCCCAGCGAGCCCUCUUCCAAAUCGAUUCUUGUGCGUUCUUCGUGGGCCACGGCGUUCAGUCUUGUCCUCAUUUGCUAAGUUUUCUUUCGAUAUUCAACGAGCCUGGGUCGAGGGAUGGCACUCCAGACGGGGGGAUGGCCGCGGAUGGCCUGGCGGAGGGAUGGAGGAAGUCUGAGAGAAAAAGAAAGAGCGCAGAAGCUGAGGCCGAGAAGGAGGGCGCUUUUAUAUGUGUUCGUCUGCCCAGGCAGCGGUGGCUCGGCGGCGGCAAAUAUCGAAAUUCACCCGCCGCAGUGUGUGACUGACCUGCCUGUUUUGACGAAAACAACCAGCCGCUCUCUUUCUGGUGUCUUCACCUGCCCGCCCCUUGUUUUGCCGCUGUUCUGGCCGUUUUUGCUUGUUUCCCCCGGAUACGAUACCCACCUGUGCUUCCCACUGGCUGUCUCAGUUGUCACCUGUAAUCACGUUUGCUCCUCUUCCUCUACUACAUCCCCAGUCCUUCUUCUGAGUGUUUUUUUUUCUUCUGCAUCAACAGAGCAGUGGAGUUGCCUGGGCAGUGAUAUCUUGUGUUUUCUUCUAUGUUUUCUUUUAUCAGGAUCUCUUUUAUGAGACUAGCAGGGCACAGAAAGAUUAUCUUAUUUGUUUUGCGACAAAUCACAUAGCACACAUAUCUGCAAUCAAUCUACCUUUGUCCUUA